AUGCAGGGCUUCAACAUGGGCAAGUACGUGCCGCCCGAGCACGAGGGCACCACGAGCGGCAACGCGCUGCACCGCAAGCACGCUCUCGGCGCGCGCGCCUCCAAGCUGCGCACCGACGGCGCCCUCACGGUGCGUUUCGAGAUGCCCUACGCCGCGUGGUGCGCAACGUGCCCGCAGCCGACGCUCAUCGGGCAGGGCGUGCGAUUCAACGCCGAGAAGCGGCCCGCGGGGCGCUACCACACGACGCCCAUCUGGAGCUUCCGCUUCCGCCACGCCGCGUGCGGCGGCGCCAUCGAGAUGCGCACCGAUCCCCAAAACACGGCGUAUGUGGUCGUCUCGGGCGCGACGCGGCGCGACACGGGCGAGGACGACGCGCGAGCGGCAGAGGAGCUCGAGGGCGGCGUGCCGAUCCUGACGGAUGCGGAGCGCGAGACGCUCCGCAGCAGCGCGUUUGCGAGCCUCGAAAAAACGAUUGGCGACCGCGAGCGCCUGCUGGAGUCGUCGCGGCGCAUCGACGAGCUGGCGGGCCUGGCGCGGCGCCGCUGGGACGAUCCCUACACGCUGAACCAGAAGCUGCGCGGGACGUUUCGCGCGGAGCGAUUGCAGAGGGAGGCAGGCGCCGCGGCGACGGCGGCGCUGCAGGAGAGGAUGAGUCUAGGCAUGGACAUUUUGCCCGAGACGGAGGAGGAUGCGCGGCGGGCGCGGCUGGUGGACUUUGCGCCUGAAGACGACGCGGCGGAGGCGGCGCUGUCGAAGCCGCUGUUUGGGACGGCGGCACGCAAGGAAAUGGACCAGAACAACGACGACGACGACGACGAUGAUGAUGAUAAGAAGGCCAUGACAAAGGAAGCAAGGCGAAAAGUGCAGACACGAGAUUCAUUUGCCACGCAGGUCAUGGGGAACACGAGAGUAGCAAACGACCCGUUCUUGAUGUCGGCCUCUGGGACGAAGAGGGCAGCAGACGGAAAAGGUCCGGCGAGGAUACCAGGCAUCAAGAGAAAGAGGGAUGUGGAGGCGAGUGCCGACUUGACUGAGCCGCAGAGUAAAGCGCAGCAGAGCGACCGUGGCGUCUCCAAAGGUGCUGCUGCUGCGCUGGUAGAAUACGACUCGGAUUAA